UACAACAAAUAAUGCCAUAUAAUCAAAUGUAAAUAUGAGCAACAACAAUAACAAAGCCAGAAUGCAACAAAUUUGACAAGACUACACAUGAAAUCAGUGUAGAAAAAACCAAGGAUAUAACAACUUUUUAUUUGUUUUUACCAGCAAUUUUCCAAUUUCAUUAGAAAAGCGAAAGAAAGUAUAUAUACUUUUCGCUAACACUGAAAAAUAAAACAACAAAACAGAAAAUUAAAACAAAUGUGGAAAAUGGUUGAUGAUAUAAUUGAGUGUGAUGAAUGCGGCAGUCCUUUAGGACCACCGCCACAAUUUCUUAUACCACCACCACCCAGGCCACCUUUUUUAGACGAACAGAACCUGAACAGAUGCAAUGAAGAAGAGCUGAUACGAAAAGCUCAACAGUAUUGGGAACAAGAUAUGUGCGAGGCAAUACCGAUAUUCGAUGCAAGUUUCUACAGUAGUCAGUCGCUGCAAACAUCUGCAAUGAUAGCUGUAUUCUCAUUGCUACUUGUUCUAGUCGUUUUAAUAUCAUCGCUUUUUAUAUGGAAAAAUAAGCGAAAAGUUCAAAAUUUCCUGCCAUGCAAAACACCUACACGUGGCCCACAUAUGAAUGGUAACUUACCAUUAGGUGGCAGUCACUCGCUGACAUACGAAGAUCCUGAUGCUCAUUUGGGUCAUCAUCGACCGCUUGUUAUGCGACAUCAUCACAAUGUUGAGAUAAUGCAUGGUAAAAGCAUACAUUAUCCUAGUGGUUAUCCUAUGACUCGAUCACCGCCCUUUUUGGUAUCAUCUUCGCCAGGUCCAGAUCCUUAUCGUUCACUUGAUAAUGUUUAUGAAGAGCUUGGUCCUGCACGUGAUUCAGAUGCUGAUUCCGAACCGCCACUACACUCUGAUGAUGACUUCGCUGAAGACGAACUCUCAUUGCCUGGAGAGCAUUCUUUCAACAAAUCCACUGCAUCAGAAGCAGCGUCAAAUUUACCUGGCGUUGCAACAAUAUAUCAUGAACGUACAACAGCUAAUUCAAAUGCGCCUGAACGAAACAGUGUAUUAUCUACAUCCUCUUCCUCGCAAGAGUGUUCUACUGUCACAGCAGCUUCUUCCAGUUCAUCACACAAUAAUAACUCACAUCAUCAAUCGAAUAGCAAUAAUGAUAACAAUAAUUCCACGACAAGUAAUAAUUCCGCGACUGGUAGUACACGUGGUGCUUGCGGUGGAUUACUAUCCAGCGUCUUAAGGCACACAACGGGUCGCAGUAAAUUGCAUAAUGGAGCGCGUACAAAAACACAUCGUCACAACACUCAAAGUGUGGAUGAUAUAAACACUUCGACCUCCACAGCAGACACCACGGACAUGGGUGCCAUACAGCAUAUGUACGAUAAACGCUGCAAUUUAAUGUCUUUAGCUUAUGUACCAGGAAAUAUGCCGCAACACCAGCAGCAGCAACAACAACAACCUCAUGCCUACCACAGUCUACAUCAUAUCAAUAAUAAUAGUGCACAUAAUACAAGAUUACCGCAAUUUUACAAUACACUCGAAAGUGAAGUAGAUCGACGAAAUCGUAUCAAUGCACAACUAUCACAACCACACGCUGUAGCUACAAUAUUCCGUGAAAGACUGCAACAUUUAGCACAAAACUCCAGAUAUCCACAGCCAUAUUACACCACACAAAAUAGUAAUAAUAGCAUACUACGUGGCUCACUAACAACACGCACCAAUCCACGUACAUUUGAACGACGUCAUCAAAUAGCACCUCCACAUUCUCUUGAACCCGUUUACGGUUAUGCGGAACCACUUUAUCAAUCUAACUACAAUUACGAUACCUGUCAUGCAGCGACUCAACCACGAGUUACUGCUCAACAUGCUGCCUAUCCUAACUAUAUUACUACAGACUAUGCCAACAACUCCAUUUAUCAUACAGCGCAUGCACCACAUGCAUAUCAUAAUUCUACGCACUUGUACUCACGCGGUGACUCCAGUUUUGGUUCAGAUUCAGGUUAUAGUCAUCAUACGCCACCUUCUUCCAUUGGGCGUCAUGAUUACGAUAUGACAUAUACAAUGCCCUCAGCCAAUGUACAGAAACCUGCCAAUAAACUAACGACAGCGCUGAAUUUCAGUUGGAAUCGGCGUAAGGCAAAUACAAAUGUGCCUGUUGCACUCAAAGUUGAACACACAGCGAGUAUGCAUGCUCCUAGCGAAAGUUUAGAAGCGACAAGUCCUAAUAACAAUAGUUCCAGUUCGACAGUUACCUCUACAUUGGAGAAUUCUUCAACGUACUCGAAUACGAAUGCCACCACAACUACAUCUGCGAUGCUGCAGAAAAACAACAAUUCGAUAUCGGAGGCGCAUGCGUAAAUCCUUGCAUUCACUGAAGUUUUUAAUAGUCAUUUUAGUAGUAAGAAAUAUAAAAAAUUAAAUGUUUUAUAUAUAUGACCUCAGCUAAAACUUAUUUCCUCAUAGACGCUUAUAGGUUUGACAAUCUUCGAUUGUCA